UCCUGAACAUCGACAUGAACAAGAUCAAGAGGUAGUUUGCAAAAUGAAUGACAGAUAUAACAGCUAUCAAGAGUUUAAUGAUUUCUCCAACAUGGGUGACACAGUUUCUCAAGAUUUGUAAUGACUGAAAGCAUUCCACUACUAAAGUUACCCAGGCAGAGCAGAGGCCCGCCCUCACAAGAUGUAGCUCUGAAAGAGCUUCAGGAGAAUGUUCAACAUUUCUGCAACAACCUGACUACUAUGGAGAGAAGAGUUCGACUGCUAAAUACUGCCCAGGAUAACUCAAGACUCAGACAGGAAAUUAUCACACUCACAACGGAUACAGUUCAACUGGCAAAGAUUGCCGACAGUGCAGUUCGAAAGGUCAAGCAGUAUGCAAGGUCACUAUCUCCGGCGGAAAAGAUGCAAUUUGAUCGUUUGGUGAACACAUUUUCAUCUUCAGUUAGCAAGUUUCAGGAUAUUCAGCAGAUGACGUCCAAUCUCGAAAAAGAACUGAUCACAAAGGCCCGAUCAUCAUCAGUCAACAGGAGUGGUUCCUCUGGCAACAGUUUACCAGAGAGUGAGCGUGAAAAUGCAAGAUUGGUGGAUCACGACAUGUCUUCCCGAAUGUCCCAGACCCAGGUUGUGGUGGACACAGACACACUGGCGGUGGAGCAGAGAGAGAGGGAAAUGAGGCAACUCGAGCAUGACAUCACAGAUAUUAAUGGUAUAUUUCGAGACCUUGGCACUCUGGUGAAUGAUCAGGGAGACAUGAUCGACAAUAUUGAGGUGAACGUUGAACACACUGGCGUCAAAGUUGUUGCCGGUAAUAAGCAGCUGGAGAAAGCUGUCAGCCACAAGAGGUGUUCCCGGAAGCUCACCCUGUGUAUCGCCUGCUUUGCUGUUACAGGUGUUGUGAUUAUCCUCAUUAUAAUCAUCUCGCUCGUUUGUUCGCUGGGUAAAGUUUGCCACUCGUAAUGAAACGUUUGAAGCAUCAACAAUUUAGCAGAUCUGUUAUUGUGGUUGGUGUAGCUGUUGUUUUUAACCUGCGUGUGUUUUGUCAGAAUCUCUGUUUUUGUUCGCGCUCUUAGAGCUGCGUACUGCAAUAACUAUUUCUUUGUGCAUUGA